AUGCUAUCAUAUAACCACAAAAGUAAAAGUACCGUUAGCACAGUUUACAAUAUUCUGAGAGCCGAGAAUAUUCCAGUUUGGUUCGAUGACCGAGACAUGGACGAUAAUAUGUACGACAGUAUGGCUGAAGCGGUAGAAAACGCUUCAAUCGUCUGUUGUUUUAUGACACCAGAAUACGAGAAUUCUCCGAAUUGUAAACUCGAAUUACAGCAUGCACAAAAACGCCUCAAACGCAUCAUCCCUUGUAUGGUUAGUGACAGAAAAGCGUGGAAGCCGUCCCCAUCGAAAUGGUUGGACUUAAUUACCGGCUCGAUACUACACAUUGACUUCUCCGAUACUUCUGAAGCAAAUAUACGUACGAGAGUGAAUGAACUUAUUAAUAGAAUAAAAAGUCAACCUCCACCUCCAGCAACAGAAUCAAGUAAAUUAUUUGAAGUGAUUAGAGACGGAUAUAUACGAAACAGCCAUAUUCAACGUAUCAUGAAUGAAGAAAGAUGUUUCCCUAUUGAACAAAGUUACAUCAAUUUGGCUAUGGUAGAAGCCAAAGAACAACAAGAAAAAGAGAAGAAGCUAGAGCAACAAGAAAAAGAGAAGCAUCAUCAGCCACAGUACAGUAACGAGACCAUCGGAACUUUUGAAGAGAUUUACGGCACUAAGACCUCAACCGACGUCAAGGACAUUUUCAAAAAAUGCAAGGAUCAGACAAAAAAGAUACUCGUGCUUGGACGAGCUGGAAUCGGAAAAUCAACAUUUUGUCGAUACGUUACUUGCCGAUGGGCAAAAGGGGAAAUUUGGUCCGAAUAUGAACUGGUUGUUUUCAUUCAGUUACGUGUGUUGACAGCCAGUCGUUAUCCACCGGGUCCCAGCUAUUCGCUCGUUGACCUCGUCAAAAAGGAAUAUUACACUAAUCAAGCUAUUUCAAAAAAAGAAGAAACAAUUUUGAGAGCACCUCUUGAUAAAAGCAAAGUUCUAUGGCUACUGAACGGCUACGAUGAAAUUGCUCAAAACGUACCCACACAUCUGGAAGAUGUAAUAGAACAACUAAUUAAUACUACACAUCAUAUCUUGACGUCUCGACCAUAUGCGAUCACCUUAUCAUACGAUGUGAAAAUGGAAAUAACCGGAUUCACAGAUGACAAUAUUGCCAAGUACGUGGAGCAGUUCUUCGAUCAGAUCAAAGAUACAUUAACAGAUGAUUCCUCCCAAAGCCAGAAACUUUUGAACUUCUUAAAGUCGAACCCGAACAUUUGGGGUGUUGCACAUAUCCCGGUGAAUCUAGAAUUGAUUUGUAGUCUUUGGGGUGACACCGAUUGGUCAAAAAUGAAAACACUGACAGUAACAGCACUGUAUGAUAAACUUAUAGAAUGGCUAUGUCGGCGGUACUUGACAAAAGAAAAUAGCAAAUAUGGACGUAUCACAAAAAAAGCAGUUUAUGCGCGAUGUCAUAAGGAGUUAGAAUUCUUAGAAAGCUUGGCUUUCAACGCAAUAGAAUGUAACACUAUACUUUUGCAACCAACAUUGCUCCAAACGACAGAAAUCGAGACUGAUUGCUCUUUAGACAAUUAUCCACAGUUACUCAAUAUAGGCAUUCUCAAAUCGUAUGACCACAAGCCUACGGGCAGUCAAAUUGAAGCAGAAAAGCAACAUUAUUUUGUUCAUCUGAGUUUCCAAGAACAUUUUGCAGCACGACACUUGGUUAAAACUCUCACGAGUACUAAAAGCCAGACAGCAAUCCAAUUCAUAAAGAAUAACAAAUACAAUCAACGUUUUGCGUUAGUUUUUAUUUUUGCAUCCGGUCUGCUCACACAAUCCGAAUACAAAGCAUCUAUGGAUGCAUUCUGGUCAGCUGUACAAUCAGAGCCAUUGGACCUAGUCGGUUUAAGACAUAUAAAAGUAUUGCUUGAAUGCAUUGAUGAGAUCGGCGAUCCGUUAAGCUUUCCUCAACGCGCGGAGUACCUACAUUCUAUAGCGCACUGGUUAAAAAUCUGCGUCUCUGCGAACCACCUCAUAAUAGCUGAUUAUCUCAUGCAAUCGAUGCACCGAACAACAUCAUUAAUGAGUCACCCCAUCAUACAAAACACAUUCAUCAAACUUCUCGAAAGUCAAGACGAGCAGACGAAACUCCAAACAUACAUUACAAUAUCAAAAGUAACGCUAUUAAACCCUCUACAGGGACUCUUAUCUCUACUUCUCGCUGCACUCGGGGAUGAGCAUGACAAUGUCAGAAAUAGUGUGUGCAAAGCCCUCGGGAACGUAGGUAAAAAAUCAGCAACUAAUGAGGUGAUCGAUCGACUGGUAAAUGCAAUUGGGGAUGAGAAUCUCAGACAUAGUGCGUGUGCAGCACUCGGGAACAUGGGCGGAAAAGCAGCGACUAAUGAGGUGAUCGAUCGACUGGUAAAUACAAUUGGGGAUGUGUAUGACGAUGUCACAUAUAGUGCGUGUCUAGCACUCUGGAACAUGGGUGAAAAAGCCGCGACUAAUGAAGUGAUCGAUCGACUGGUAAAUGCACUUGGGGAUGAGGAUCUCAGACAUAGUGCGUGUGCAGCACUCGGGAACAUGGGCGGAAAAGCAGCGACUAAUGAGGUGAUCGAUCGACUGGUAAAUACAAUUGGGGAUGUGUAUGACGAUGUCACAUAUAGUGCGUGUCUAGCACUCUGGAACAUGGGUGAAAAAGCCGCGACUAAUGAAGUGAUCGAUCGACUGGUAAAUGCACUUGGGGAUGAGGAUCUCAGACAUAGUGCGUGUGCAGCACUCGGGAACAUGGGCGGAAAAGCAGCGACUAAUGAGGUGAUCGAUCGACUGGUAAAUACAAUUGGGGAUGUGUAUGACGAUGUCACACAUAGUGCGUGUCUAGCACUCUGGAACAUGGGUGAAAAAGCCGCGACUAAUGAAGUGAUCGAUCGACUGGUAAAUGCAAUUGGGGAUGAGGAUAAGGAUGCCAGAAAUAGUGCUUGUGUAGCACUCGGAAACAUGGGUGACAAGGCAGCGACUAAUGAGGUGAUCGAUCGACUGGUAAAUGCACUUGGGGAUGAGAAUCUCAGACAUAGUGCGUGUGCAGCACUCGGGAACAUGGGCGGAAAAGCAGCGACUAAUGAGGUGAUCGAUCGACUGGUAAAUACAAUUGGGGAUGUGUAUGACGAUGUCACAUAUAGUGCGUGUCUAGCACUCUGGAACAUGGGUGAAAAAGCCGCGACUAAUGAAGUGAUCGAUCGACUGGUAAAUGCACUUGGGGAUGAGGAUCUCAGACAUAGUGCGUGUCUAGCACUCUGGAUCAUGGGUGAAAAAUCAGCAACUAAUGAGGUGAUCGAUCGACUGGUAAAUGCACUUCAGGAUAAGAAGUGGCUUGUCAGAUAUGGUGCAUGUAGAGCCCUCGGGAACAUGGGUGAAAAAGCAGCGACUAAUGAGGUGAUCGAUGGACUGGUAAAUGCACUUGGGGAUGAGGAUCUCAGACAUAGUGCGUGUGCAGCACUCGGAAACAUGGGUGAAAAAGCCGCGACUAAUGAGGUGAUCGAUCGACUGGUAAAUGCACUUCAGGAUAAGAAGUGGCUUGUCAGAAAUAGUGCGUGUAAUGCUCUCGGGGACAUCGGUGAAAAAGCAGCGACUAAUGAGGUGAUCGAUCGACUGGUAAAUGCACUUGAGGAUGAGGAUAAGGAUGUCAGAAAUAGUGCGUGUCUAGCACUCGGGAACAUGGGUAAAAAAGCAGCAACUAAUGAGGUGAUCGAUCGACUGGUAAAUGCACUUGAGGAUGAGGAUAAGGAUGUCAGAAAUAGUGCGUGUGACGCCCUCGGGAACAUGGGUAAAAAAGCAGAAACUAACGAGGUGAUCAGUCGACUGGUAAAUGCACUUGGAGAUGAGGAUGAGGAUGUCAGAAAUACUGCGUGUGAAGUCCUGGGGAACAUGAGUGAAAAAGCAGCGACUAAUGAGGUGAUCGAUCGACUGGUAAAUGCACUUGGAGAUCCUUGUAUUGACGAUGAGCUAGCUGCGAGGGCUCUUGAGUGGGCCGUUUGUUCUUGGGAUGGUAUCAAACAAUUAGACUCAAAUGCGGUAUCGAAAUUAUUCUCAUGCAUCCGGCGGAAUUGUAAGGGUACUCUGAGAAGGGUGCCUCCAGCUCAAUUCAUCAAGGUGUUUUUGGAGACGGGAAAUGAUGCUUGGCUCGCUUUGGCUUUUCAUGCUUCAUUGCUUCAAGGAAGUGCGGUAACUGUGGUGGAGAACAAUAUUGUGAUCUACGGUGGUAAAGAACCAGUUCAGCUUCAUGUUUCGCGGCCAGAAUUGUGUCGGAAGUUAGUUAACGCUUUUAGGAAUCAGAGGAAAGAACUUGAAAAAUCGUCUAUUACAGUGUCAAAAUCUGAAGGAAGAACGACAAAAACUAUGUCGGUUUGCGCGGUUUUAUAGGGACGCUCAUCGAUGUUUUAGCGGAUGUUAUCCUCCCAUGGGAACGAUUUGAUCCUCGAUACUGUGAGCUGUGUUUUUGUUUUAUUUUUAAAAGUACUGCUAAUUUCGCGCGUUAGUGGGGCACCCUGCUGCCUAUCAGCAUAGGUAAUUGCGCUCUUCGAAUCUCGUUUUUUGUAUGGCAUGUUUUGUCUGUUCUUUUUCUUUCUAUCGGAUCUCUGCGAAGCU